AUGGAUCGUGGGCAUAACAAAGGAACAACAACAAUCUAUUCUCAUUUAAGCAAAGUAACGACUAAAGAGAUCUUUGACUUUACAGUAGCAGGGGCAAAAACCCUCCCAAGACGCCGGAGUCUCUUCGCCUGGAGUCUCUUUAGUGGGACGCCGGAGUCUCUUCGCCUGGAGUCUCUUCGCCUGGAGGAGAAGAAGCGGAUGCGAUGGUCGGCAGAAGCAGGGACGAGUUCUUCGCCUGGAGUCUCUUCGCCUGGAUUUUUUGGUGCCGCCGAAGGCGAUUCUUUUUGCAGCCGAGUCAGGGUAAUGGAGGAGAAGCUUGGAAAUUUAGGGUUUUAG